GGCGCGGCGCGGGGUGGCUCUUGAGUUGUUUGCCGGAUCCCGGGCCGUGAGACGCUCAGAGGGAGCCCAGCCAGCUCGGGCUGGUCCGGGCUGCGCUGGGCGGCCCGGAGGGAGCCCGUCCCGGGUCACGCCGGCGCCCGCGAGCGGAGCGCGGCGGGGAACGCGCCAUGGACCCCAAGGCGGGUAGCGGCGAGGAGGAUGACUGCGUGGACUCGGGCGCAGAGACCGGAGGGUCUGACUACAGCCACAUGUCCUCCACCAGCAGUGAGCUCUCCGUGGAGGAAGCGCAGGACCCUUUCUUGGUCAGUGUCCACAUAAUCGCAGACCCAGGGGAAUCCCGACCCCUGCAGGAGGCCAUCGACAAGGUCUUGGCUUGGAUCCACCCAGACCUCCAGCUGUUCAGGGUCUCUGAGAGGAGGGCGUCCCGGCGGCGGAGGAAGGCCCCCAAGGUGGCGCAGCCAGCCCUGGCGGUGGUCCUCUUCCUGCAGGAGGAGUACGGCGAGGAGCAGAUCCUGCAGCUGCACCGCACGCUGCAGCGGCCGCCCUGGCGCCAUCACCACACGGAGCGCGUGCCUAGCAGGUUUCUGCCCUACCUGCCCUGCAGCCAGGAGUUCUUCACUCUGGCCCCGGGGACACCGCUGUGGGCCAUCCGGCCUGUGCACUACGGCAAGGAAAUCGUGCGCUUCACCAUCUACUGUCGCCAUGACAACUACGCCGACAUCCUCAAGUUCUAUGAGCUGAUACUCAGGCGGAGCCCCAGCCAGAGGAAAACGGACUUCUGCAUCUUCCCCAUUUUCUCCAGUCUGGAUGUGGACAUCCAGUUCUCCCUGAAGAGACUGCCCUGUGACCAGACCCCGGUCCCCACUGAUUCCUCCGUGCUGGAGUUCCGAGUCAAGGACAUUGGCGAGCUGGUGCCUCUCUUGCCCAACCCCUGCAGGCCCAUCAGCGAGGGACGCUGGCAGACGGAGGACCACGAUGGGAACAAGAUCCUUCUGCAGGCACAGAGGGUACGCAGGAAGUGCCCUAAACCCAGCAGAGCUCACCACGCCUCAGAGCAGAAGGCUGGGUCCACGCCUUCUCCGAGUGCCGCUGCACAGAGCCAGACCCCUGGCAGCGGCCCGCAGCCCCCGAUGGACACUUCAGACCUGGGGUUCGGCCAGACAGGCCUGCCUACCCGGCAGCCGCAGGACUUGGCCAGACCAGCCGGCAGCCCUCCCAGCCUCCCCUGGCCUUUCCAGAGAAGCAAGUCCUUGUUUUGUUUGCCCACGGGAGACCCCUCCCCGGCCUCCUCAGCUGAACCACUGUGCUUUGCAAACACAGACGGCCCGGGACAGAGGGCAUCGGAGCGGAGGCACGGCCACCUCCUCUCCAUCGAUGACUUAGAGGGGGCCCAGGAGACGGACGUGGACACGGGGCUGCGGCUCUCCUCCUCCGACCUGUCCGUGGUCUCUGCAUACUCUGCACCCAGCAGGUUCUGCAGCCCCGUGGAGACACUGCUCCCCUCCGAAAGAUGCAGCAGCCUCUGGUCAGAGCGCAGGGCUUCCAGAGAAGGACCCCUGCCCACUGGGGGCGGCGUGACCACAGAGGCCUCCUGGGCUGCCCUCCCUCUGUUCACCAACGGGCCUUCCAGCUCCUCGGCCACAGCUGUCACCACUUCCCCAGGUUCCGACACCUCCUGGCUCCCAGAGUCACCCCCAGAACUCCCUUACGAUGCUCCCGACGCCCAGCAGACUGGCAGAGGCGUCCUGCCACCCUCAGUGCUGGCCGGAGGCGCGGACAACGACGUGGAGGAGGAAUUCUACAUCUGAACACACCCGACUCUUGUCUUUCAGACCCACAGGCUCAGGUGCCCCUGCCCCUCUGGGGUCUGCACGCCACCCGUGUUCUCGGCCCCGCGUCCCCAGGUCCUCCGGAAUCUAAUUAUCUGUCUCACGGGGUCGUUAUUAGCACGUUUGACACACCACCCGUUACCUGCAAGGUGGUGGGCUCAGUGGAAAUAUACUGGGAUUUUUAUGCAAAUAAAUUCUCAACAAACUUAAGGCAUAAAAUAUAUGUUUUGAAUACUCAGUUCCAUUUGAGAUAUGGUUUGGUGCACUUAUUUAAAUGCUUCAUAUAAUUAUUUGAAAUGGAAAGAAAACCUAGUCAGCUGGAGUUGAUUUCACAAUUUUUCAUGCUGGGAAGGAAAAACAAUUAAAGCCAAAAAACGUUGAAUGUGAGAAAGAUUCCAAGUGACUUGUAUGAGAGAUUAGUGCGCAUAAUUCCACCUUACUGGAUUCUCCAUCUCUGUUUACCUUACCAGGGAGCAGUGGCCCUGAGAAUUUCCAGGUACCGUUACAGUGAAAGGAGUCAUUGUAGUGCAUUUAUAAUACGAUUUUGAGUUCCCAAAACUAGAUUUGCACACAUCUUUCAAACACAUUCACUGUAACAGCUGGGGGUCUACAGAAGACUCCGCUACCUAGAUUUGCCUGGAUCAAUGAGGAAGAAUCGUUCUUGGAGUUACAGAACAGUAGGUUAUUAGACAUAGUGGGUAUUCUUAAGUUGCUUCAAUUUUUAAAACCACAAUCCAAGGGCUAUACAUACACAGAUCUGUGCAAAUGACAGGAACCAUAUUUUGCACUGCUUUCUCCAGUAAACAUGCAUCAUCACACACCCUUUUUCAUGUUUAAAUAAUUCAUAACACUUUUAACUGGCAUUUUGAUUGCACAGGUUAAUAAAUGCACUCCCCUCUUCUCCAAGCGGGAAGCUUUACACAGAAUGCUGUCGUGAACCAACACUGCUGCACGCGUGCAUAGGAGCCUUAAUUAAAGCUGGAGCUCUAACCUGACCUUGGCCUUGCCCGCCAUUGCCUGCUUCUGCCACAGCGUGAACAGUAUUUAAAUCUCACCUCUCUCCCACUCCAGUAAGGGUAUGUUUACAAUUCCAGCCUCUACAGUGCCAAGUGCUGGCGUCGGGGACAACGCCGAGCUGUCCCUAGUUGCUGUAUACCUUUGGGGAAGAGCAUAGACUUGCCUGCCUUGCUUACGUCCCACUCUGGUGCUCCCUGCCUGAAUGACUCACGGCCCCGUUUACACCUCUCUGGAAGCGCCCACACCAGCCCAGACACAGCUUCAGAAUCCUCUUCAACACAGUCCUCCUGGCAGCCGUUACCAGCGAUCAGACUCGAGCUGAAGCCUCAAGUCUUUGCCAUCCCUGUAAUGAGAACCUUACCUCCUACCCCGAACAUCCCGCAUAUUCCAGGACUCCGAAUUACAAUAUUAUGCUCUGAUUUAAGUAAAUAAAAAUAUGGUCUUCUGGGAUUCCCUGGUGGCGCAGUGGUAGAGAGUCUGCCUGCCGAUGCAGGGGACACGGGUUCGUGCCCUGGUCCGGGAAGAUCCCACAUGCCACGGAGCGGCUGGGCCCGUGAGCCAUGGCCGCUGAGCCUGCGCGUCCGGAGCCUGUGCUCCGCAACGGGAGAGGCCACAGCAGUGAGAGGCCCGCGUACCGCAAAAAAAAAAAAAAAAAUAUGGUCUUCUAUAAUUCUAGACCAGGAGUGAGCAAACUUUUUUAAAGGGCUAAAUAAUAAAUACUUCCAGCUUUGCCAGCCGUACAGUCUCUGUCAUUAUAGUGUGAAAGCAGCCUAUGAUAUAUAAAUGAAUGGGAGCGGCUGAGUUCCAAGAAAAUUUAUUUUACAAGAACGGGUGGAGGGUCAGAUUUCGCCCAAAGGUCGUAGUUUGCCAACCCCUGUGCUAGACUGACAUUGAUUUGAGAUCUCAGCCACGGUCAACGAUAAAGAACAGAGGGUUGCAUCCCUCUGCUGCUGUGGUGCCCGAGACCAAGAAAAUACACUGUAGGGGCCACACUGGUGACUACAGAACCACAGGGCUCAGAGCAGCGUGGGGCUUCUUUCCGCAGAGAUGAUGCCUAGAAGGCCGUCCACCUGCUGCCCGGAAAUGUGACUCACAGACAGUAGCUGAUGAUGCAAAACAACGCGCUAAUCACUCAGGGUGCUGACGCAGCCCCAGGGAGCAGUAGACAAGCUCAGGAUAGCAAAAGUCACCAAGGCAUUCACGAGUAGACCCGCGGCCAGGUGACGGCUCCUCCUGUCUUCAUCCUCAUCAGUGCCCUUAGUUCAGAAUAUUCACACACACCCCCUACAGAUGCUUCAGAGCACAGCUCUGAUGCACUCUGCCCCCGUCCUUUCUCACCGACCCCUGCCUCAGCACAGUGUAGUCUACCAAACUGAGUGACCCCAAAAGAUGUCAGCAAACCCCUUCAAAAGCAGAAAAUGCAAGAUGCCCGCCAUAACACAAGGGGAGAAGGGGAGAGAAGCCCACCGCAGACCCCACUCAGAUGCUCCCCUCCCCACAGACGGCAGUCACUCUGAGGAGGAGUCACAGAGACACUACUGAGGGCAUCGCUCCCUUUUCUGACCUACCGCUAGCAUCGUCCUCAUCCAGGAGGGCUCCUGAUACCCACUGGUAGAUCCUGACUCUUUUGGAUUAUUAUUGUGAUAGAUGCUGGCAUACUGUAGGUGCUCAAUAAAUUUGUUCAAUUAAAAAAAAUUGAGGUUGUCUCAUAAAUUUAUUUUUCUCCUGGAUUUGGCUCUGUGAUGGAGGACAUCUAGAC